UCUCAAAUCGCCUUCAUAAUCGAUAUUCUCCCAUUCAUCGAUAUUUAUUUUAUUUGUAAACAACUUUUUUUUUGAGUAAAAUGUUGUAAAAUCUUCCAAAUAUUUGAUAGUUACAUGCAAUGUUCUCUAGUCAUGGGCAUCUGAAAAGACGUACCCCUGAAGGAGGAAUACCACGUCCCGAUUAUAUUGAACAUUUGGUAGAAGAAUAUUAUACCACUACAGACGUUGAGGCGAAAGAGCAAGUAACUGCCAAUUUAGCUAAUUUCGGUUAUGAUCCUAUCAAUUGGGAAUACCUCAAAGAAGCUAAUGCUUUGGAUGUAUUUGAAGACUGUGUCAAAAGUCCAAAUGAACGCCUACAACUUAACGCGCUUGCUGGAUUUUGUAAUAUCUGCUUAGACCCUGAAGCUUUUAAAUUUAUUACGAAGUCGGAAAUAUUCGAUCAGAUAAAGCUAUUGCUUAAUACAGCUGAAAAUACUGACAUACAUCUUAAUUGCAUCGCCCUUUUCUAUCAACUUCUUAAAUCAGAUACUUGCACACAAGAAGGAAAGAAUAUCAUAGCUACAUCGUGUAUAUUAAAAACGAUUACACAGUUACGCAACGCAAGCCCAGAUCAGCGAGUAAAAAACAUUGCCGCGUUAUAUUGUGAGGAUUUUGGUUCACGUGUAGAGGAAACAGUUGAUUCUAAAAAUGUACUUGCAACUCUUAAAACGAUCAAAAGUGACCUAGCAACCAAAUGUAGAAAAAUUACACUGGUCAAACGUUUCACACAAACAGAAUUGGAUCAAUUUUCCACCCUUACAUCUGAUUUAAAUUCAAUACAUUCUGUAAAAACACCGAAAAGCGAACGCAAAGUUCAUGGGGCUUUUCUUAACGCCAUUGUUGCUGGUAUCAUAGGUACACAAUUGCCGGGCGAAGGUACUAUAGUUAUAAGUCAAAAAUUUAGUUUUCCGAAUGCGUGUCGUAUUGAUACGGAUACUUAUAUUUCAGUUCGUUUAGUUAAAGAACGGAAAAUUUCUUUAGUAGAGUACGAAUGUCGUCAGGAUGAAAAUAUUGUAUUCAUAGGCGAAGCUAAACUUUUAAGAAAACAAUAUGAAGAUAUAUAAAUAAACAACAUCUUUAUUAAAACACUUAUACACUAUUUUUUA